GCCAUAUUGUGUAUGCAGCGCGGGUCAGUGGCGCGUGUAUAUGGGUCUUUCGUGAAUAUUUUCUUCCUUACGUCAAACGCGCGUAGAGUGCAUGAAUUUGUCUGUUCGAUCAACAGGGCAUAUCGCACGUGUAUCAUGGAUCCGUCUAAAUUGAAAGUGGUAGAGUUGCGCGCUGCGCUAGGCGAGCGCGGCCUCGACACCAAGGGCAACAAGCCAGUGCUCGUCGAGCGGCUACGUAAAGCGCUGGAGGAGGAAACACAGGAGUAUGAUUCAGCUUUGCAUACCGAAAAUAUAAGUGAUACAACUUUAAAGGAAACACAAGAGAGAAUUAUAGAAGGUAUGCGAUUAUCACAACCACCGAGAACACCUAGUAGAGCAUCUAGGAGUUCCUCGAUGACAACUCCGACAAAAGUUUCCACAAGAAAUACAUCAAGAUCAUCUACAACUCUGAAUUCUUCAAAGCAAUCCACUCCAAGUAAAUCUCAGUAUGGUGAAAAAGCAUAUGAAACAUUGAUGACAAUAUCAGAAUCCAUCUCUGAAGAAUCUGUAAUGCAACAGGAGGAAACGUCUAAAUUAUCUCCUGAAAAGUAUAGAGAGGAACAAGAAGACACAUCAAAUAUUGUUCAAAAUAAAAUUUAUUCGUCAGUAUCUGAUAAUUAUGAAGAGGAAGAGGCAAAACAUGUUGAUAUUGUAGAAGGUAGUAAGUAUUGUGAAGAUGUUCUCAAAGUACCUGCGAUAGAAUCAUCUGAGAAACCUAGUACAAUUACACAUAUAGAUCAAUUUUCUAUAAUUCAAGAAGAUCAUCAAGUAAAGAGAUCUAAUGUAGAUGAAGAUAAUGAAGUCCAGACAACAGAAACAAAAAAUGUUACAAAAUUGGAAGAAAAAACAGAGAUUAAGGAUGGCAUUAAUAAAACACAAGAUACUUUUAAGAAAAGUAUUAAAGAGGAUAUUUCAAUUGAAGAAAACAUUGAACAUACAGAGGAUAGAUGUAAUAUUAAGGAUAAUAUAAACAUUCCGGAAAUUGAACAAUCAACACAUGUGAUACCUGAUCAGGUAGAUAAAAUGUGUGAUAUUGAAUUAAAACAUGACGAAAAACCUAUUAAUGAUGAUUACAUAGUGCAAGAUGAAAAAAUGGACAUUUCAGUUAAUGUAAAACAUAUAGAUGAAAAAUUGGAUAGCACUAAUAUUCCAAAGGAUAAACAGAUUACAGAAGAUUCAAAUCAAAUGGAAUGCAAUGACAGAAAAAGGAAAAGAUCUUCUAGCCCAGCAGAGGUCCAUCAAGCAUCUCCUGUAUCACAAAAAACAGAGGAUGAACCAGAUCUUGAUGAAUCUGUUGUAAUUUUAUCAUGGUAUGAUUCAGAUUUGAAUCUAGUUAUCAAUAAAAAUGGAUUUCUGUCAGCUACACCUAUGCACGAUAGUGAUCUCUGUGAUAUGUGGGCUGGUGCAAGAGCAUCUCAUGGUGUCUUACAUGGAAAAGUCUAUUACGAAAUCAGAAUUACACAACAUUCUAUUGUUACAAAAGAUGAAAAACAUUCGCACAUACUUAGAGUCGGUUGGUCAGUACCCUCCACAUCUAUGCAACUUGGCGAGGAAAAGUUAAGUUAUGCAUAUACAAGUGCUGGACAGCAAGGUACCGACAUGAAAUUUACAGACUAUGGAUUUCCAUUUGGCAAGGACGAUGUAGUAGGAUGCUACCUUGACAUGACUCCAGAGAAUACUGUAGAAAUGUUUUACACAGUAAAUGGCAAAAAUAUUGGAUCGGCGUUUAAUAUUUCCAAAGAGGAACUCGGUGACAGACCAUUAUUCCCACACAUUUUGAGUAAAAAUUGCACAUUUGUCUGUAACUUUGGCCAAGAAGAAGCAUGGUGUGAGCAAAUCCCGGAAUAUAUUUUAAUGGGUAAUGUCGAACCAAAGGAAAGAAUCGCAGGCCCGCGUAGGCCAGAUCGAAAAACAGAUUGUGAAGUGAUAAUGAUGUGCGGUUUGCCCGCGGCGGGGAAAACUACAUGGGCGAGGAAGCAUGCAAUUGAUCAUCCAGACAAAUUGUACAAUAUUUUAGCACUCCAUAGCUUGGUUGAGAAAACUGGAGAUGUUGCUUUAUCAGAUCAAGAACAAAAUGUCUGUCGGCGAGAAAUUGUUAUUGAUAGAUGCAAUCGUGCACUCGAUCAAUUAAUCGAUAUAGCAGGUGGCAGAAGGCGUAACUAUAUAUUAGACCAGAAGAGCAACAUAUAUUCUUCUGUACAAAGGCGUAAAAUGCGAAAUUUUUAUGGAUAUCAGCGCAAAGCAGUUGUUGUUGUGCCAGCGGAUGAGGAAUAUAAUCAACGUUUGUCCAUGUACAAUGCAAAUGGAGGGAAUGUUUCAGAAUCCAAUCUCACAGAACUGAAAGCAAAUUUUACUGCACCUUCGGUGGGAGAAUCUUUCGACGCAAUAGAAUGGAUCGGUCUUAGUGAAGAAGAAGCUAAAAAGCUCAUCGAGAAGUAUAACAAGGAGGGUAAGGAGGCUGGAUUUAAUCAGCGACCAACGGCAAAACGACCACGUCUCGAUAAGACUGAAAGUAACAAAGAAACACGUGAUUCACGAAACAAUCGGGACACUCGAGAUCGAAGAAAUAAUUAUCAAGACAGAGGUCGCAAUUCUUGGCGCGGUGCUAAUAUGGGAGGUUGGAGAGGAGAGAGACAAAGAGGCGGUUAUAUGAGACACACUGGUGGUUAUGGACCUCCUGUCCCAUGGAGAUUACGAGGACGAGGCGGACCCGCAAUGGUGCGAGGUGCAGACAGAAGAGCCGGUGGCGUCGAUAGAAGACCGGGAAAUGAUAGAAACCGACUUGUACCAAGGCAAAGUGGUUGGGGUCCCAUGAGCGGGAAUUAUCAAGGAUCACAACAGUCUGGUUGGGGUCAACAGGACAAUUGGUCAGGUAGCCAGGCCCAAGGAAAUUGGAACCAACAAAGCUGGGGUCAACAACAGUGGGGAGGUGGUUGGAAAGGAUAUGGUCAAAGCACAUAUAGCCAGACAGGAUACAAUCAACAUGGAUAUGGCAACGGUAAUUGGAGUAGCUGGAAUCAACAGUAUUACAACAACCAGUAUUGGGGUCAACAAUCACAGAGUGGACAGACAACUGCAGCUGGCGGCCAAGCUGAGAUUACGAGUGAAAUGGUUGCAACUACUUCUACCAAUACGGGAGCAGGAUAUAGUUAUUCACAAGGAUAACAAACUUAUACGCGAGGACGAGCGUACCCGCUCUAAGUACUACACGACAGCAAUCACUACACAACAGUCUCAUUCACAUAAGUAGAAAAAAGAACUCUUGUGUCACUAUUAUAUACAUCACGAGAUAUAUAUAAAUAUAUCCACAAAUGUUUGAGUUUCUUCGCGAUAUAUAAGUCAUAAUACAUAGAAUAUUAUAUCGACAUUGUCGAUAACAGCGGAUUGCGCUUUCUUAAUUCCGACAAAGAUUCGCACAUGAUUUUUUCAUCUCUGUAAGCAAAACAUUACCAUUACAAGAAUUAUAAAGUAAGACCCUUAUAUGUACAAUAGACUUAUUGCAACAAACACAAGUUGAGAAAAAUCAAUCUUGAAAUAUAAUCGACUAGUAAAUUUCGAUUUUUAUCGGAAAUACAGGUCUAAUAAUCUAAGUGCAUUCAAACGAUAAUGUAACAUUCGCGCGAGAAAGAAUAUAACUUUUUAUCGCAUCUUUAAAAUCCGUAAGGAGGAAGAGUACUACGUAUGGGUACAAGUCACGCAAGUAGUAUUAAAAGUUGGAAAGAAAGGAUAGCAAUCACCUUCAAAAACUCAUGUAAAUAUGUACAGAUCUAAAGUAAAGAAAUUACACAG